CUCCCCGCGUCCUCCUCCUCGCCCACCCCUCCCCCUGCUCGCAAAGACAGAGUCGCCUCCCGGAGUGGCGCCGCCAGUCGCGGCAGAGCGCGGCGCGGCGUGCAUGGGGGCUUGAGCGGGCGGCCGCGGAGGCUGCACCCGGUGGGGCGCUGAUGCGGCGCCUGGACUUUCGCAGCGCGGCUUCGGGGGCGUCGGCCGAGCGGGCAGUCCGCGAUGCAGCUCCUGAAGGCGCUCUGGGCACUCGCAGGGGCCGCGCUCUGCUGCUUCCUCGUCCUGGUGAUCCACGCGCAGUUCCUCACAGAAGGUCAGCUGGCCGCUGGCACCUGCGAGAUUGUGACCCUGGACCGGGACAGCAGCCAGCCGAGGAGGACAAUCGCCCGGCAGACGGCUCGCUGCGCGUGCAGAAAGGGGCAAAUCGCCGGGACCACAAGAGCACGGCCUGCCUGUGUGGACGCUCGCAUCAUCAGAACUAAGCAGUGGUGUGACAUGCUCCCCUGCCUGGAGGGGGAGGGCUGUGACCUGCUCAUCAACCGGUCCGGCUGGACGUGCACACAGCCCGGAGGGCGGAUAAAGACCACCACGCUGCUCCCCAUCACUAGCAUCCCUGCCUCAGCUCCACCUCAGAUCCUGAGGCAUUUCCUGCUCCUAAAGAAUGUGUGAGAAUCUGAAGCCAGUGCUGAUCUGGAUGGAGGCUGUGAGGAAGACCAUGGGGAUCGGCUGUAAACACCAAUGAAGCGCCCCCUCGCCUGCCUGUUGCUCACCUCCUAACACACCAUGAGCCUUUGCCUGGCAGUUGGCGACCCUGGGUUAAAGUGAGCCACACUCCUUUGGGGUCACAUGAAGGUCUAAAGUCCGUCUGCUGGGGUCCACUUCCAGCUACACCUGGCUAACGCAGAGACCCUAGGCUGUCUGUGCUGUGGUUUCUAGGUGGGUAAAGUGGGCCACACAUUGCCUGCUGGGGCUGAUGUAGGGACCAGGUGGGCAGAAGGUGAAAGGGGUGAGCAGGCAGCACUGCCAGAGAUCUCCCACCUGUCUGGCUGCCAGGCAGCAGAAAUAAGACGGAGUGUUUGGGCGUACAGUGAAAGGUGCAUUUCCCAGUGCAUGUGCCUUUACAUGCUUAUGCUUUCAAAUCAUGAACAACAAAAAUAAAGAUCCUAAGUUAGAGGAAAGCCAUUCUCUGAGGAGUGAAAAAUGGUGAGAAAGGAUAAAAUGAAAUACUGUAUUAAUAAAUUUGCAGAAGAAUGCAUGGAAUUAAGCUUUCAUCUUUGACAAUUCUAUAAAAUGUGGGGUUUUUUAAAACCCCUGUUUCAUGUUAUUAUUUUAAGGUCAGAAAAUAAAUCUGAGAGGAGAAAGGACAAAAUCGCAGCAUACACUUGGCCUUAAACUGUUCAAAAUGUAUGCAUAGCUAGUGUAUUCGUCACUAAAUCUGGGUAUUUUGGUUAAAUACAUGAUUUUCCUAAGGGGGAAAUAACCAAAAAUAACUGACAAAGGGAAAGCUGUUAAUACUCUCCUGUCAAAUCUCCAGAUUCAGCUGAUACGAUAGGUACGAUUCUUGAAAGAUUCAGUGUGUAAGUGUCUUUUGCCUGAACACUGGGAAAUUGCCCCGUUUGUUAGGCACUAGCAAAGACCUGAUAUCAGAAGUGUCCCCAAAGGUGAAAACCACCAGCAAAGUCAUUUCCUUCCAUGGGGACUUUUGAGUCUGAUGUGGCCUAGGCAUCAUCGGGCCCUGGGCUGAUUCUGCCGAGUGUCCCCGAGGCCUCAUUUCUUGCUUUAUCGCAGACACACCUGGAAUCCUGCACCCGGGACAUACCUUCCUGGUGGGUAGUGGUCAGGAGGGUAUGUGUUCCCCUGCAGGAAGUAGUGGCACCCUGAACCCUACAAUUCUAACGACAAGGCUACCAUCCACACAGUAUUUCAUUAAGAAGUGAAAGUGCAUUUUAAUCUUUCAGAACAGUUAGAAUAACACACCGUACCAGAUCAAAAAAAUCAGAUUGAACACAUGCUGAAAAAGAUACCAGCUGGGCGAAAUACAGUCAUUAAAAAAUAAAAGUGGGUGUCAUCACUAACAGUUGCAGACCUCACCUGACCCAGAGGCUAAGGCAGCUCCACCUGGUACCCAGUGUCCAUCUGAAAUGAAUGCAUCGUCACCCCGAGGCCCAGUCCAGUGCAGGGUGCUUUGGUCACCACUGCUGCUGGCCACUUUCUGGAUGGAUCUCAAAAAUGUAGUCACAUGAGCAUUUGCUCUGAGAAAAUAAAUUGUUAUUACUCACAGAUGAGGCAGACAGGUGCUCAGAGCCCCAGAGACUCAACUGAAAUGCUUCAAAAACUAAUAAAAGAGUUUAUUGGGCCAAUAAUGGGUAUAGAGAAUUGUCUCCUCCUGUUCCGCUGAAGGUUUUCAUGGAUACGCACAGCCUGUGUUCUGGAACAGAGCGUGGCCAGCCGUAGCCUUUAUCCGGAUCCUGCCGCUUGUCUGGUAAACAAAGCCUCCUGGGCCAGCCUUGCCCAUUGUUCACCUGGCAUCCUCUGCAGGUGCCCUGGUGCUACGUUGCAGAGCUGAGGGCCGCCGACCAGCAUGAGGAGCUCGGUAGCGCCACCCCUCCCUGCCCGCAGCCGGAAAUCACAGUCACUUGUCCUAAUGGGGUCAGAUGUGAGAACCAGUGAUUCGUCAGGCAACUUUAGAAGGAAACUCACCUACACAAAUAGAGAAGCCAUUGCAGGCAGAUGGGGUUAGAAAUGCACCAGUUUAAUUAAAAUACAUGAACAAAAUUAGAGAAAGGAGAAAGAACACUAUUAGUAACAGUAGAAAACACACAAGAUAGCUUGAAAUUAGUAAGGAGUGGUUGGCACUUUUGUUAAGUGCAAAGACUUACCUUGAAAAAUUCAAAAAGACUCAAGGAAAUAGAUAAAAAAGACACCAUAGCACAUGAAAGGGACUGGCUGCAUGUUGUGAGGGGGUGUCUCUUCCUUCAAAGAUUAAUUGCUAAGGCAGCAUGAUGGUCCACACCUGUAAUUCCGGCUACUCAGGAGGCUGAGGCAGAAGGACUGUGAGUUCAAGGCCAGCAUAGGCAACUUAGACCCUGGCUCAAAAUAAAAUUUUAAGAAAGGGUUGAGGAUGAAGCACAGGACACCAUUAAUACCAUAAAAAAUAAUUUCUGUAUUUACUCAAAUUUCAAAUAAAAUUUUGGAACUUUA